GUAAAAGAGUUUAAAAUUACUUAGAUAAGCAAGAGAAUUUUAAGGAAGAAAUUCUUAUUCUUUAAAUUAAAUUUCAUAAAAGUAAAGAAGAUUUUUUUGGAGAUCCAUCGUCCUUGUUAUCCGGGUAUUACCCAGUUUGGGGUGAUAGUACCUGGGCGACUUUAUCUUCCUGUGCUUUGAAUUCAACGUUCUCAUAAUUUUUGGUGUUGUGAUGUAGUGGAGCUAGCUGUUCCAGGAAUCCAAGAAAUAUUUUUGAUUUUUUUUUUCUUGGACUUCCCAAAAUUUGAUUAGCUUUUUCAUUCUUUGGUUCUUAAAUUACUGUAAUAUUUUAUCUGUAUAAUUACAGAUAUAAUGUGAUGCUCUAGCCUCUAGCCUUACCUCUCAUCAAACCCCAAAAUAUAUUAGGAUUAGGAUUAGUGUUGGUGAUUCUUUUGUCUAGGUUGUGUUUGAUAUAUUGACUCAAUGAACUGCCCUUUGCACUCAUGGUUACCUGCACUUUGUUGGGUGUUUCUUUUGCUGGGUGGUUGUUACUGUUUGAGUGAUAGAGAUCAAGAGAGAGAUAGGAUAUCAUCUUUGCCAGGGCAGCCGCAAAAUGUUGAUUUCUCGCAGUACUCCGGCUAUGUGACAGUGAAUGAACAAGCUGGGAGGGCACUGUUUUACUGGUUGAUUGAGUCUCCGGAAAGCCAGAAUCCUGAUGAAAGGCCACUCCUUUUGUGGCUCAAUGGAGGGCCUGGGUGUUCUUCUAUAGCUUAUGGAGCUGCUGAGGAGAUUGGGCCGUUUCACAUUAAUGCUGAUGGGAAGACUCUUUACCUCAACCCUUAUUCGUGGAACAAGUUGGCAAACCUGCUUUUUCUUGAAUCACCAGCUGGUGUUGGUUUCUCAUACUCAAAUACAACCUCAGAUUUGUUUACUGCAGGCGAUCAGAGAACGGCUGAAGAUGCAUACAUAUUUCUUGUCAAGUGGUUUGAAAGAUUUCCUCAGUACAAGCAUAGAGAUUUUUACAUUUCUGGAGAAAGUUAUGCAGGGCACUAUGUUCCACAGCUAUCUCAAAUUAUCUACCGCAGAAACAAAGGAAUCAAGAAUCCCGUUAUUAAUUUUAAGGGCUUCUUGGUUGGGAAUGCUGUUACGGAUGAUUACCAUGACUAUAUUGGCACAUUUGAGUAUUGGUGGACACAUGGCUUGAUUUCAGAUGCUACGUACAAGUUUCUUGGUAUAGCCUGUGACUUGGGAUCAGCUACACACCCUUCAAGGGAUUGCAUUAUAGCUCUUGACAUUGCAUAUCAAGAGCAGGGAGCGAUUGACCCUUAUAGCAUAUAUACUCGCCCCUGCCCUUAUACAUCAUCACUUCGUCGCAACUUAAGGGGCCAUCAUCCAUUGAUGUCCAGAGCAUAUGAUCCAUGCACAGAGAAUUAUGCUCAAAUUUAUUUUAAUCUACCGGAAGUUCAAAAGGCAUUUCAUGCCAAUGUAACUCAAGUUCCCUAUAAAUGGCAAACAUGCAGUGAUAUUGUUGGUAUCUACUGGGCAGAUUCUCCUCUAUCAAUGCUUCCUAUUUAUCGAGAACUCAUAGCAGCUGGUCUCAGGAUAUGGGUAUUCAGCGGGGAUACUGAUUCAGUGGUUCCUGUAACUGCUACUCGGUACUCCAUUGAUGCUUUGAACCUUUCAACUGUCACCAACUGGUAUCCUUGGUAUAUCAACACAAAGGUUGGGGGAUGGAGUCAAGUGUAUGAAGGGCUGACUCUUGUGACUGUAACUGGCGCUGGGCACGAGGUGCCUCUACAUCGCCCCCUAGAAGCGUAUAUUCUUUUGAGAUCAUAUCUGGAGAACAAGCCCAUGCCAAGCUAAGUUAAGUGGUUUCCCUCUCUUUUUCUUUCUUCAAAUGCCAAGAUUCAUUUGGCUCCAAGUUGUUGAAGGAAGAUUCCAGGAAGGGUCUGAUGUCACAACAAUGUUCUGUUGUUUUGUUUGAGAUUGUGCUGCUGGACAUCUUUUUAAAGUGUAAAUAAAGUUGCUUUCAUGCUCUAAAAGGAAAUGUUUUUUUUAGUAAUUAAUUUGACAUUGGGUUUACUCCA